AUGGCGUCGUGGGGAAAUAAUCGAGGUAGGGAUUUUUUUGGAAUAUAUUAAAUCAAACGCUUCAAAAGACAAAUGUAGCGAGUAAAACUCUGUCAGUGUUAAUUUCAAAGGAAUUAAUUUCCAAUUUGAUAAGAGAGAUUAUGACGUUAAGUAUUUUAGAUGGUCCAUGAACUUCUUCAUCGAAAGCAAGCGUAUUGUGUACUUUUCAAGAUCAUUCGAUUGAAAUUUUUAAAUUAAUGUUUUUCGUCACCUGGCAUGUUGCGCAGGUUCGAGGACAACCUCUACAGAUGAAAUGUUGGAAACAGAGAACAAUCGAAUGGUGGAAGAUUUGGCGGCAAAAGUUUCCCGUUUAAAAGGGGUAGGAAGACAUUUCUGUAACACUGUGUCGUUGCAACAAACCUUUAGACCCUAAGAUUAGUGUGCAUAUUCUCCAUACCUUCCUCUGUAUAUUCCUUAUAUAUAAUGCUUGAAUUUUAAUAAGCACUCUGGCUGUGGUCCUCAUUUGCAUUGAUCAAUGUGAUAGUUUCCAUUUUUUGGAACCUUCCCCCUCCCUGUCAGUAAUACCCAUCAUCACAUUUCUGAUUUUAAAUCAAGUCUACCUGUUAAAAUCCUUUUCAUUCCUAACUGUGUGAAAAUUACUCCUGCUCCUAACCCACACCCCAUGUAAAAGAGGUGUCUAAGAUAAGGAACAACCCUCUGUAAUACAAACUUAGCUAAUUUAAUAUGUAGUUUGUUUUAUGGAAAUUUAUUUGAUCCAUUUCAUUUUUUUAAGAUCGCAAUUGAUAUCGAGAAUGAAAGCAAGCAGCAAAACAAAUAUCUUGAUGGAAUGGUAAUUAUGCUGCUAUGUGUGUGUGUGUUUUUUUUAUGUGGAAAUACAACUGUUUAAAUUCCAGAAUUAUACAACCCCUACCCAUCUUUUGGAUUGGUCUAAGCAGUUGACAGAUUUUUCCUCUGAUCAUAUACAGCAGUUGUUACUCAACUGUCUGUACUUGAUAUUAUUUCAUAACUGUUAUUUUCUGAUCACCUGACCUCCACACUUUACCCCACACUGUUUAAAGAUAAUACUUUUACUCAAAGAACUCAAACAAUUGUCAAAACAUGUUCAAGCUGAAAGGGAGAGAAGAUGGAAAAAUGUUUACACAAAAGUUUGAUGGAACACUACCUUCUCAGAGCAUAUUUUUACAAUUGGUGCCAAUACAUCACAAACCCAACCUACUACACUUUUUACACCUCUCAUGUUCGUAGCAUUACCUGGGAAGUGAUGUUGAUUUUCAUGAGCUACAACUCGCUGUAUUGUAUUGAUGUAAAGUAAAUCAAGGUAAUCAAUUUUAAAAUCAACAGGGAGAUGACUUUGGGAGCUCAUCAAGUUUGUUGAGUGGCAGUGCAGCACGACUAUCACAAAUGGUUUCUGCAGGACGAUCAAACAGAAAAAUCAUGUGUUACCUUAUAGCUGGACUAGUUGGAGUAUUCUUUAUUGGUUACUAUGCACUCAGUAAGGUUAUUAUCAGAUAG